AUGGGGAAAAAGAAAACUUCAACUGAAAACGAACAGAAAGAAGGAAUCGAAUCGGCUGUAAUUCCACCUGGAUGGAAAGAACCGAAGUUUACCAAAGAAGAUAAUCCUCGAGGUUUUAUCGCUGAAAGUUCAUUUGCAACAUUAUUUCCAAAAUAUCGUGAGAAAUAUCUUCAAGAAUGUUGGCCUUUAGUCAAAGCUGAAUUAUCGAAAUAUGGUAUCAGAGCGGAUCUUGAUCUUGUCGAAGGUAGUAUGACCGUUCGAACAACACGUGAUGCAUAUGAUCCAUACAUGAUUAUUCGUGCACGAGAUUUAAUUAAAUUACUUGCUCGAAGUGUGCCGUAUGAACAGGCUGUGAGAAUUUUAGAAGAUGAAUAUGCAUGUGAUAUUAUUAAAAUUAGUUCGCUCGUUCGUAAUAGAGAGCGAUUUGUCAAACGAAGACAACGAUUAAUCGGAUCGAAUGGUUCAACUCUCAAAGCUAUUGAACUUUUGACUAAUUGUUAUAUUUUGGUUCAUGGGAAUACAGUUACCGCGAUUGGACCUCAUCAAGGUAUUCGACAAGUGAGAAAGAUCGCUGAAGAAACGAUGCAAAAUAUUCAUCCAAUAUACAACAUUAAAACUUUGAUGAUUAAACAAGAAUUGGCAAAAGAUCCGAAACUAAAAAACGAAUCUUGGGAUCGUUUUCUUCCGAAAUUCAAAUCGAAAAAUCUUUCGAAACGUUAUAAACCUCAUAAGGUUCGCGUCACCAAACCCUAUACUCCAUUUCCUCCACCGCAACCAUUAUCUAAAGUCGAUAAAGAAUUGGAAAGUGGAGAAUAUUUUGCAAAAGAAGCUGAACGUCGGCAGAAGAAGUCUGAAAAACAUCAAGAAAAACUGGAUAAGAAUACUGAAGUAUCUUUGCAACGAAAGAAAGAAAAACGAGAAAAAGAAUAUCUUCCACCAGUGGAAAAAUCAUCGCAACAAAAACAACCAGCAGCUUCAUCAUCAACAGAGAAUACAUCAAAAUUAGUCAAAAAUGUCAAGAAGAAACUAAAACGUUUACAAGCUGAUUAA